AUGGGUUAUUAUUGUACUGUGCCACAAUGCACCUCGCUUGCCGGCAAGACGAAGAACGUGAAGUUUCACCGCUUCCCGCGUGAUCACAUCAUGGCAGAUAAAUGGAAUUUAAUUUUGAAGCGGGGCAAGCCUUACACAAAAUACUCCAAAGUUUGCAGUCUUCAUUUCACCCAGGCCGACUACAACGUCACAACAAUGGGUCAGUGGAAAACAUUGUCAAAAGAUGCGGUACCUUCACAGAAUCUGCCAAAAUUGAAUCCCGAUGGUACAGUAAUGGUUAUAAGGAAAAGUCGCACCAUCAAAUAUAAGGAGAGCAAAAAAGAUGACACACUCAGCGAUAAGGCAGAAAAAUGGGCGAGUAUCACACAUUCGGCAUUACCUUUAUCUUCAGAAAGCCAGGAACAUCAAGAAAACAAUAUGGCGUAUCGUCUUCAAGCUUUAAAUUCACUCGCAAAUAACAUAAGUCCGACACAAGUUUUACCACAAAAUCAAUUAAAUAAACCCAAAAAGCAAGACGCCAUCAUGCAAACAGAUCCAAUACAGUCUGAAGAAGAGGAAACUUAUCAACACAGCUAUACCGAAUCAGAAAAAUCGGUACCCGAUAUCGAUUAUAAUCAAUACAAUGAAGAGAUGAAGAAAUAUGAAAUUCCAAAGGACUUUUCAAAGCCGAAUGACGAUUACAUACCACAGACAAACGAAGAGUACAAUAAAGAAGCGGAGAAAUACGCGCUAGAGCGAAAAUCGCAUAGUAAUUAUGAGAAAAUCGAUUAUCAGAAACCGAUAAUCGAGAACGGUUUCCCGAAAAUACCGGAGGUUUACGCUUUUGAUAAGGAUUAUCAAAAUCGGCCGGACUUUUUGUAUCAGAAUCAAAAUCCAUAUCAGGAUAGUGUGGAACUGUUGAGGAACCAACAGCACAAUCUUCAAAUCUUGCAAGAACAGCAUAGAGUUAAUGAAAAUCAAAAUUUUUUCAACGAAAAUCAUAUAAAGCAAGAAAUUGACUUUGGCAAUGAUGAAGAAAAGUUUAUCUAUGAAGCGAAUAAAGAUCAGAUUGAUACCAACACUUUGUAUGAGAGUCAGAGUAACGUCGAACAACAGAGGUUGUUAGAGAUGCAACAUCAAGUGAAGCAAGAGCCGGACACGUCAAAUGGAUGUGAAAACGUAAUGCAGCCACAGAGCAGUCCGUACUACGCAACGGGUGGAUCUAAUAAUGUCACAGCCGGCGGUUAUUACGAGCAAAUAACUCGGCCCGGACCCGAACUUCUGAUCGCGAAGCAGAACGCUUUAGCGGCGCAUCAACAGUUAUGGCAAAAUUCAAUGAAGCGGCCAUUUUUCUACAGUGACAGUCAACAUUACAAUACACCCCAGUUGUUACACACUAGGUGUGAGGACUUAUCCAGGAUCUUACAG